AUGUCACAUUUAAUAAAGGAGGAAAUGGUCACAGAUGCUAUUAACCAAUGUACAGGCUAUGGAAGCAAUACAUUUAAAUCAUAUCUUGUCACACUUGAUUCAAAACAAGAAUGGGAUUUUAUUAAAACAAAUUUGUCGACUACAACGAUUGCAUGGGUCUCUGGUCGAGACAUUGGAGGCACCGGGAAUUAUUCCUAUUCAAGUGGACCAGCAACCAAUCAACCAUUAUUUAAUAUGUACACUGGUCAAUGUUGGGGUAUGUCUAUUUAA